AGAGGUCACAGCCAUGUGUUCGAUCAUUCCAGCUUCACAAUUAGAAAGCUAUAACGAUUUCCGUAGGCCGUUACCGUUUCUUCCCCUCCCCCUCGUCCCUCCGCUUCAACCCUAGACGCCCCGCGGCUGCCAGGGCUUUGGGACUCCCCGGAAUGUACAAGCGGUGGAGUGGGGUGAUUUUCAGUUUUUCUUUUUCUUUUGAAAAAUGGUUUUCUUAAGAAAUUUCACAAAUUGUAAAGUUUGCUCAUUUAAAGUGUAAGAUUCAGUGAGGUUUGUGGUUCUCAGCCUGUGCAGUUAUCAUUCCAAGCUAAUUUUAGAAUAGUUUCGUCACCCCAAAGAAAAACUAUCCGUGGGGACUGUAGUGAGUUCCUGUGCGAAGUAGCAUCACACUCUUCAUUCACCAUGACCCUCCGGAUCUAGGCAAUUAGUGGUGUGCUUUUUCUAAUGUAAUAUAAAUGGAAUCAUAUCUGUGACUCGUGCCUUUCAAGUAGGGCCUUGACCUGGUUCACAUGGUUUUCCUCUCACCUGUACCAUGUAUGUGAGUGAUUUCCUAUUUCAAGACUGCCUUCUGCCAUAAUUAAGCAGGCUUAAGCCUCAAUCCACCUGCCAUCCAGCUACCAAACAUGAAGAACUAUGGCAGCCCAGGAAGCCAGUUCAGGCAGCCAGUCAGGGGAGAGUUGUGCUUUGGACCUACCAUCAGCAUGUGACAUAAGAGACUAUGUGCUGCAGAGGCCCAGCCAGGAGAUCAACAGUGAGACUCUCAGUUCUGUGGAAUUCCAUUCUUUUCCUUGCUCUUCUGAUGUGGAUCCAGAAAGCAGUAAUUCAAAUACUGAACAGAAAGCCUCCUGGACUUCUGAGAACAUCUGGUUUGACCCUUCUGUGAAAGGCCAGUCAGAGACCACAGAAGAGGAAGAUGAACUUCGGAAAUCCCUGGAUAGAUUCUAUGAAGUGUUUGGCCAUCUGCCGUCAGUCUCUGGGAAUCCACUCUCUGCAUCUGUCUGCCAUUGCCUGUCUCAGAAAAUCACUGAACUGGAGGACCAGGAGAGCCAAAAGUAUGCCCUUCGCUGUUUCCAGAUGGCCCGGGUCAUCUUCAACCGGGAUGGCUGCUCAGUCUUACAGAGACAUUCCAGGGACACACACUUCUACCCACUGGGGGAGGCAAGUGCUUCUCUAGAUAAUGAAAAGCCCACCCCAGGACUUUCAAAAGAUAUUAUUUAUUUCCUCUUGCAACAGAAUGUGAUGAAAGAUCCAUAACUGGUGCUGGCAGUGAGAGCAGGCAGCAUUGUAGGUGCAGCACUGUGAUCAGUGCUGUUGGUACCCACCUCCCUGGAACCCUUGGGGCCUCUUGCCAGCUGUGUGUGCCCAACUCCCAGCUAAAUGCUUUGCAGUUAAACACUGGCCCCUGCAACCUGUCCUGAAGCCAGUCGGCCUCUAUGGAGAACCCUGUGGCUACCCCACCUCCCUUGCCACCUACCACUCACCCUGACCAAGGCCACUGACUGUCAGGGUUAGGAGUCAGAAGCCUGGCUUCCUUGCCUCAAUCUAUGCUCCAGAGUUCUCUCUUCUCCGGAUCAGGCCAAGACUGGGACUUUGCAGGAUAUCACACCCUUGCUCUACUUCAUCCCUUUCCCCAUCCUCCUCCUCCCACUCCACCUACUGGUGUCUCUGGGAGCCUUUCCUUAAUAAACCUCUUAUAUCUGAAUCCUUGACUCAGGGUCUACCCCUGGCAGAGUCCAACCUAAGAGAACAGACUUUAGUGGGGUAAGUUUUAUGUAGGGACAAUGCUCUGUACUGAAUCAAGUAUAAAAUUAAAUCAAGUUGUAAGAUGGAGACCACAUGUUUGAGAUCAUAAGUCCUAAAAUAAUAUAGAGAUUUAAAUAUGGUGUUGUUUUGGUUGGUUGGUUGUUUCUGGUACCAGGGAUUCAACCCAAGGGCACUUAGCCACUGAGCCACAUCCCCAGCCCUUUUUAUGUUUUAAUUGGGGACAGGGUCUUGCUAAGUUGCUUAGGGCGUUGAUAAGUUACUAAAGCUGGUUUUGAACUCACAAUCCUCCUGCUUCUGCCUCCCUAGUUGCUGUGAUUGAGGCAUGCACCACCAUGCCUGGCCUUUAAAUAUGGUUCUAAAAAGUAAACCACACUUGCCUUGCCCCUUCUCUAAGAGCCAGAAUUCCAUUUUAUAAUACUAAGGGAAUAUGGAAGGAAAAUUUGUACCAUCUAAAAUAACAACUAAAAUUCACAAAUUAAAGAAAAAUGGUUUCUUUGUCUCCAAUAUUGCAAUCUGAAAGGUGAGAAACAAACACCCACUAAAAUAUGUGUAAGUGAAGUUAUAAUCUUCUAGCCUGACACCAUGUGGGCUUGUCAGUUUGUGCUUGAAGAGAAUAAAGAAUCCUUUACCCAAGUAGAGGGUCCUUCUCUUAUUUUUUCUUCUGCCUGCCAGCAUCCUCUGUCAUCCUCUGAACAGUCCCCUGCCCCAACCCUCUCCUAUCCUUGUCUCCAACAUUCUGGGCUCCAUUACAAAUACUUGCCCAGAACAGGGCCUCGCUACCACCCUGCCCCUGUCCGCCAGGCCUGGAGCUCUUUAAAUAGCCCAUGCAGGCUUGCACUGGCAGAUGCUCCACUCUGCGGGUCGUGUCCUGAAUGCUGGUUUGAGACUUUGUUGGUAGAAUUACAUCACCUGGCACAGAGCUCUCUUGAAGUAUAAUUGGAAGCCUCAUACUAAUCCCUGCUUUGACAGUUCUUCAAGCAAAUUACCUUGACAGAAAGGGUUAUAUCAUUUGUUUUGGGAAACAACAAAAGCUGGCAACCUGCUACCAUUACAUUUUGAGAAACUCAAGGUGUGAUUUAAUUGGCGCUAAGGCUCCAAAAGCUUUCCAGAAAGCAGAUUAUGCAAAUGGGGCAGCCUAAAAGUGUACAUUAAAAGUGAGUGCACCAUCUCAGGAUGGUCUUUUGAGGAUUCUUAGAUGGAGAGAGGAGCCUUUUAAAUGUUAGCAAUGACAUACUCAGUCUACCAGUUCAGGGAGGAUCAGAGGUGAGAAACUUCCAAGUUGAAGGGCAGAGACACCAGUGGAAGCAGACCUACAUUGUAGAAAAUUGGAAAUGAAUAGGCCUUUGAGAGGUACUCAAGAAAGUAAGACUCCAGCUUUUCCUUUGACAAGCAUCAUCUGCCUCUUUCUCCUAAUCAACAGGCCCCCAAAUAGUUGUGAAACCAGUGGGACUUAUAACUGAACACCCGCCAGUGGAAUUUUAAGGUUGCUAGCUUUAUUGUUUUUUAAUGUGAAACAUAUUAAUAGAUGCCCUUGAAGAAUGUUGUCAUUUUUAGUAUUAUUCAGCCACUGAAAUAUUUGCAAUUAGUCUCCAUGGCUACCAACAGAAGGAAACUGGGUUACUUUAUACUGUUUUUAAAGGACAAAAAAAUACAAGUAAUUGAAUCUCCAUGUUGGGAAUCAGCAGCUUCUAUUUCACAGGGAGAUCUUAGUAUCAAAGUGUGUACUCUUCAUGACUAUCAGUGCCGAGCAAGAGGUGGACUCUGAGAGCAGAGAACGUGGAAGCCUAAAAGCCAGAAUCACCUUAGGGUAAAACGUCAUGGUACAUGUUUACUUGCUUCUAAGUAAGUAUUUGUGACAGGUCAGUGUAAGAUAUUUGAUUCCCUGCAAUCAUGCUCCUUAAUUUGAUCUCCAGGAGGUUAGGAUAGAAUUUUCCAUUUAUCUCUGUGAACCUUUAAUAAAGAUUAACAGAUAAGAAUACUGAGACUCUGGCCUUUGGCAUUAUUGUCUGAUUCCAUCUUGCAGAUAAAUUCACUGACAUCUCUUCAUCCCACGAACAUUGUGACCAGCCUCUGAUAUCAUCUGUGGCCCUUUUCAGACCUAUCAGGGCCUUUGUGAGGAUGAAUCUGCUUUUAGAAACAUCAGAACUCUAAAGAAGAGAACUUCUACUGGUGUUUUAAGUUUGUGUAGCAUUAUUCCUUUCAUUAGGCUAUUUCUUUAGGUAAUCAGUGCUGGGGGUGGAACCCAGCUGGAGUCUCUCACUUGCUAAGCCUGCAUGCUUGCUCUGAACUACCUGCCCCUCUUGCCCUGAGCUACCUGCCCCCUAACUCUGUCUUUGUAUUUAAGGGCACAUGCAACAAAUUGUAUUACCAGUAAUUAGCAUAAAACAGUACAGUGAUACUUUUAAACUUUUUAAAGCUUGGAAGGCUUUUCAUUAGAUUUUAAUUAUUCAGAAAAAAUGCAUAUAUCAUAUCACUGAACCUCUGGGUGAUUUUCAUUAAAUGAGCCCACUGGGCAACCAGCAUUCUGCUCAGGCGGCAGAUCCAAUUACCUGCCAGGCCCCACAGCCUGCUUCCAAGUGGAGGUUUUCAUCUGGAGAACUAAUAGCAGUGCUCUGACCAAUUUCCUCAAACAGCUGUUAGCGCACAAAAUCACUUUUGAUGCCCUAUGGACAAUGUUUAUUUUAAAUAUGAAUUUGUUCAGUUUCAUAUAUUGAAAAAUACAACUACUAUGUUUAAUCCAUACUUGCAUAAAUACUAGGAAGGAUAAGCUUAAUGUGUCUAACAAUUUUUAAAUAAACUGAAUUAAUCCAAAAAUUAAUAAUAGAACAUGAAGGGGGCAUUUAAAAUCUAUAAGGAAAAGGUAGUUUUAAGCAAAUGAUCUUAGAGAAAUCGGCUCCCCACUUUGGGGAAAGGAGAGUAAAAGAGACUGGAUUCCCCAUCUUCUCUUAUCAAAAUGAAUGCUGGAUGGGUUAAAGAUUUCAAAGUAAAAAAAACCCAAAUCAUAAAAAUCCUAGAUUAAAACAUAAGUAUGUAGAGAGAGAGCAGGAUAUCUUGGCAUAGGGAAGAUCUUUCUAAGAAUGGAAGAGCCUAAAAAUUAUGUAGGAAAAAUUUGCUAAAGUUGGCUGCCUAAAAACAUAAAAUUCUAUGGGCAAAAAAAAAUGCAUAACAAGAUCAAAAGUAGGAAAAACACUUGGAAUUCAUAUAACAGACUUUUUCUUCAACAAACAGAAUUCUUAAAAAAUCAUUAGAAAAAGAAUCAAAGAGAAAAAAAUGGCAAAGGAUAUGAACAGUUAGGAAAACUGUAGAGAUGCUUCUCAGUGUAUAGCAGAUCCUGAUAUACCUGGUAAGUUCAUUAAUUUGUGAUAUGCCCUGAUAAAUCCAUCCUUAAGCUGAAAAUAUUGGAAGUCAGAAAUGCAUUUACUACACCUAACCUACCAAUCAUCAUACUUAGCAACAACACAGUAUGUUGUAAAGUACUGGUUGUUUUCCCUCAGGACCAGUUGGUUGGUUGGGAGCUGUGGCUAACUACCUACCUCUGCCCAGCAUCUUAAGGGAGUAUCAUAAGUUGUUGAUUUUGCAAAAGACAGAAAUUCAAAAUUUGAAGUUUGGUUUCUAAUGAAUGUGUAUAGAAUGUGAAUUAAAUACAGUUUCACUUUUGCACCAUCAAAAAUUUAGAAUAUUGUUAAGUCAAACCAUCGUAAGUUGGGGACCAUCUGUGUGUAUGUGUAUACACACACAUGGAUAUGGUUAAUAAACAUGAAACCAUGCCUAAUUACACUUAAAAGUAAAAAACUGACAUGUAGAAAACAAUGAUAUGCUUUGUUGUUUUUUUGUUUUGUGUCUUGAUUUUUUCUUUAUUUUAAAGAAUGAUCAAAAGUUGACAGGAGCCAGGCAUGAUGGCACAUGCCUAUAAUCCCAGCAACUGGGGAGGU